AUGGAGACCGAAGGCUACAGUGACCUCCUGGAGACCAGUGAUGGUCAGGGGGCAGGCCUGCUGGAUGAAGGGGGCAGGGUGGGGGUGGAGGAGGGCUGGAGCACACCUUACCCUCUGGGCUUCCAGGUGUCUUUGACCACUGUGCUGAUGCUGGAGCUGGUGUUGGGCUUCAGCAGCAACCUCACCGUGCUCGUCCUCUACUGUGCCCAGUCCAACCUGGUGGACUCUGUCAGUAACCUAGUCACUGUUAACCUUCAUGUGCUGGACAUACUGGUAUGUGUGCUGUGUCUGCCGCUGACUGUGGCCGUGAUCCUGCUGCCAGCUGAUGGUAGUGGAGUUGGCAGCCUGGCCACGCUCUGCUGCUUCCAUGAGGCCUGUGUCACAUUUACCAGUGUGGCCACAGCAGUCAAUGUGCUGGUAAUCAGUUUGGAUCGCUAUGAUAUCUCAGUGCGUCCAGCCAGUCGACUGCUGACUCCCCGGCGUGCAGCACUACUCCUGGCUGCUGUAUGGGCCGUGUCUCUAGCUGUCUUCUUCCUGCCCUUCCUUGAGGGGGACUUCUUCUCCUCCAGGGCUGAGGACACAGAGGAUGGAGAGAUGGAGGUGCAGAACCAUGACUUUGAGCUCACCACUGGACUGACCCCUGUUGUGUCCUCCUCUCCAUCUCUGUCCUCCUCUCGCCCCUCCUCCCCUUCACAUCACCUACCCCCUGUGUGGCAAAACCGGACACUGUUGUGCGUGGGAGGGCAGGGCUACUACACAGGCCUCUCUAUGUAUUACCACCUGCUGCUCCAAGUGCCCUGCUUCUUCAUUGCCGUGGCCGUCAUGCUGUUCACCUACUCCAGGAUCCUGCAGGCCCUCAACAUCCGCAUUGGCUCCCACAUGAUGAGGGGCACACGUGCAAAGGACUCUGGCUGCAGGAUACGCCGCAGGAGGCAGAGGAGGAAGGACCUCAACCUGGCCACAGAGGCAGUGUCCUCAAGUCAGAACCAGCAUCUCACCCAUCCUCCCCUCAUCCCUUCUCCCACCCCCACACCAACAUCACCCCCGCCCCUCUCCUCUGUGCCCCAGAUGACCUCUGACAGUGGAGCCACAGUCACCACUGUCACUACUGCUGCCACCACUCCCAUUGCCACCACACCGGCCACCCCUGCUCCUCAGACUCCAGCCUCAGCCUCAACCCCGGCUGAGGCUACUUCACCACUCCCUGCCUCCUCCAUGGGUGUCCAGGCCUCAGUGUCUGCUAUCAUUGCCUUGAGGCGGGCAGUACGCAGACACAGGGACCGCCGAGAACGUCAGCGGCGUGUACUAAAGAUGUCCCUAAUCAUUAUAUCCACCUUCCUGGGCUGCUGGGCCCCUCUGUCUGCAGUCAAUGUGCUGAUCCUGUGUCUGGGUCCCAGCGAUGCUCUGGUACGGCUCCGGCUCUGCUUCUUGGCUAUGGCCUACGGAACCACCAUCUUCCAUCCUCUGCUCUAUGCUUUCACCAGGCAAAAGCUGCGCCGUGCACUGAAAACGCGUGUCAAGAAAAGGGUAGUGUCCCUUCUGCAGGUGGACCCAGCUCCCAGUGGGGGGACUGUUAUUCAUAACUCCUGGGUGGAGGGGGGAGGCCAGAGGAAGGGCCGCAAACCACGGGUAGAGGCCAGUGAUGGCACUGAUCGAUGCCUCACAGACGCAGUGAGGGAAUAA